AUGCCUCCUCGAUACAGUAACGAAGAGUUAGCGAACAUGCUGCUUAUUUAUGGAGAAUGCCAUCAAAGUGAAAGAAGAGCGGCAGCUUUAUACGCGAUUCGAUAUCCCGAUAAACGGCACCCGUCACCUUCUCUAUUCGGCAGUCUAUAUCGUCGACUUUGCCAGUCUGGCACUUUACAUGAGUCAACACGUCCAAGAAACGUACGUCAACGCGACGAACAAAUGAUUGACCAAGUAAGGGAGGCUGUGUCAGCAAAUCCACACACUAGCACUCGAGCUGUUGCACUAAAAAAUUCAACUGUAUUAUUAUAUAUUUUUAUCGUACAGGUUGACAUAGACAAUGUUGCACACGACAUUUUUUUAAGAAGAAUCUUGUGGACGGAUGAGUGUACGUUCCGAAGUGAUGGUCGUAUUAACCGUCACAAUGAGCAUCACUACGCAGAACAAAAUCCGCAUUGUCGCAAGGAAACGAAUAUUCAGGGACAUUUUAAUGUAAACGUUUGGAUGGGAAUCGUGGACAACGUAGUCAUCGGGCCACAUUUUUUCCCGGAAAAUAUUAAUAUUACAGCGGAAGUUUAUGUGAACUUUUUGGAAAAUACUUUGCCAAAUUUAUUGGCUAAUGAGCAAUUAAAUAUCCCCCAAGAUGAAAUAAUUUUCCAACAAGACGGACAUCCAGCCCACACGGCACUUCUGACACGGGAAAUUUUAAAUCAUAGAUAUCCUCAAAGAUGGAUAGGAAUCUACAGUGAUCUUCACGAGUGGCCACCACGAUCACCUGAUCUCACACCCAUGGAUUUUUUUGCAUGGGGAUACAUACGAGAUCAGGUGUAUCAGACAUUACCACGCACUCGUGAAGAUCUAAUAAAUAAGAUACAAGCAGCUAGUCGCAAAAUAACACCAGCAAUGCUGAAUAAUGUGCGACAAAGUUUCAUGCGCAGAGUAGCAUUAUGUUUGGAAGACGCAGGAGGCUAUUUUGAACAUUUAUUGUGAAAAUUAAUAGUUUAAUAAAUUGUUUUCAUUAAAAUUUAAAAAAAGUUUUUGAUUGAAAUACUUCCUUGUGCCCUUAAUAUUUUUAUCUCGCAUCUUAGAAAUAAACAAUAUCAUCUUCUAUCAAUUAUAAAUUAUCAUUGGCGAUAUUUAUAGAACAUUCCGAACAUUCAAGGAUGUGAAUAGCAAAUUAAUUUUGCUAGCAAUCUUUUGCAAUUUAAAAAUUUUAUCAAAAUUGAAAACGCUAAUAAGCGCGAAAAGUAAAGAAGAGAAAAGAAAAGUUUUAUUGUUUAUCUUUUUUUAAUGUGAUAACACUUUAAAAUUUAAUUUUUUAUCUUUAUUUAUUGUUUUAUUUGUUGUUUUCUCCUUUUAUAUAAUAAUUGCAGUGAUUGCAAGUCCGUCAUAAAAUUGAUAAAUUGAUAAAAAUGCGCGCGAUCCACUCGAUCGAUAACGAUUAUACCGGUAUAUGUGUAUGCCGUCGUUACCUACUGACCCUGCCUGCCCCUGGCUCCUGCCGUAUGCAACCAUUUGUGCGUCCUGUAUGUAUCUGCAUCACCCUUUUAUGUAUAUUGAAUAAGAUACAGAAAGCAAAUAGCCAAUCCGUAAUUAUUGAUUCAAAUGGAUUACGGAUAGAAAACGGAUUCAAAAAAAUCCAAAAACUGGAUUUAAUUUCGUUCCUUUUAAUAAUCCUAAAUAUUUUUCAAUUAUUUCUCGUUUGCUGGGAUAAGAAUUACUUCUAUAAUUUUUAACCUUUAAGAAUUCUUAAAUGAAAUACGUUAUAUUAUUAUACAUACAAAUUGGCAUAUUAGUCUUAAUAUAUCAGUAAUACUAAAACUUCCCAUAAUAGAUCGAUGCGCUUUUUAACAAUUUUAAUUACUUUAUGUGUUAAGAAUAUUAUGUCAAGUUGUAUAUAAUCCAUGAGUAAGGUCUUGCGUACAAUGGAGGAAUAGAAAUGAUUAUUAAAUAUUAGAAACAAAAAAAUUAGAAAUACAGAUUA